GAAACAGAAGAAUAGAAAAAGACUUAUCCACUUGUGGAAGAUAAUGGCAUCGUCAGCAUCAUCAUUAUCGUCAGAGUGGUUAUGUCCAGAGUGCAAGCGAGCAACGGAGGUGGUGCUAGACCACUCAGCAGGCGACACCGUGUGCUCCGAGUGUGGCCUCGUUCUCGAGGCUCACUCCAUCGACGAGACCUCAGAGUGGCGCACCUUCACCAACGAGUCCGGUGACAGCGACCCCGUUCGCGUCGGUGGGCCCUCCAACCCUCUGCUUUCCGACGGCGGCCUCUCCACCGUGAUAUCUUCAAGACCCAAUAAUGCGAACGGUGGGAGUGACUUCUUGGGUUCGGGUUUGGGCCGGUGGCAGAGCCGUGGGUCUAACCCGGAUCACUCGCUUCUUCAGGCUUUUAAAGCCAUUGCCUCCAUGUCUGAGAGGUUGGGCCUUGUUGCAACAAUAAAGGAUCGAGCCAAUGAAAUAUAUAAGAAAGUAGAAGAUCAAAAACCUCUCCGAGGACGAAAUCAGGAUGCAAUUUUGGCUGCUUGCCUCUACAUUGCUUGUCGUCAAGAAGACAAGCCCCGCACUGUGAAAGAAAUUUGUUCUGUUGCUAAUGGAGCCACAAAGAAGGAAAUUGGUCGUGCAAAAGAGUUUAUUGUAAAACAACUGGAAGUAGAGAUGGGUCAGUCUAUGGAAAUGGGAACCAUACAUGCUGGGGAUUUUUUGAGACGUUUUUGUUCCCACCUUGGCAUGACUAAUCAAGCAGUAAAGGCUGCUCAAGAAGCUGUACAGAAAUCUGAAGAACUUGAUAUAAGGAGGAGCCCAAUAUCAGUAGCAGCAGCUGUAAUUUAUAUGAUAACUCAGCUAUCAGAUGACAAGAAGCUUCUCAAAGACAUAUCUCUUUCCACUGGAGUGGCUGAAGGGACCAUCAGGAAUUCCUACAAGGAUCUUUAUCCCUAUGCUGUAAGGCUAAUACCAAGUUGGUAUGCGAAGGAGGAAGAUCUUGGGAACCUCUGCAGCCCAUAAAAUAUUUUAACGACUGGUGCACUGAUUUGCAGCAUUUUUUGUUAGAUGCUGCUUCUGUUAUUUUGGACUUGGAAGAACUUCUAUUUCUAUCCUAGUUCACCUUUUUUGUUCCUUCUAAAUUGUCUGGAUUCUAACUUGUAUUUUUCAAUGAUGUGUAGUCUCAUUCAAAUUAGUGGCAAGCCAACAACCAAUAAACUGCUUUGUCUGUUGUGGCAAGAUUCCUCUAACCCUUGUUCAUUUUGUUUUGUUGGACUAUGGAGGGUCAGCAUGAAACACUGAUGUAGCAAGUUGGUGUGUGAAAGUAGUAUUGUUGGUGGAAGUUUAAAAGAGUGUGACAUUUGUAUCUAGAUCUUCUGUUCUUGUUAUUUGAUGGGUAGGGAAAAACUUAGAGCCUAACCGUUGUGUUAGUUUUCCUUUUGUUGUAAAUUAUGCAAUGCUGCAUAUCAUUGUACAAAUUUAUAGCCA